AUGGAAGAGUGCAUACGUGUAUGCUGUAUGCAAAAGUUUUGCGAUCUGGCCUUUGUGAUAAACGGCACAUGUUUCACAGUUCGCUGUCAUACCGAGGAAGGCUGUCAGGAGGUUAGAUCACCAGGAUCUGGGUUUAAACCAAUGAUAUCUUACGUGGUGAGAGAGAAGCCACGUAACUAUCACAAGAAGCACGAAAAAGUACAUGGCAAGAAUCUAGGGAAGAAACAUCACCAAAAAGGUAUGCCCAUGGCUUGCAUGGUGAAAAUGCGAAUAAGUAUUAAUUAAAUGAGUGACAUUUUAUUAUGCUUUAUCACCUGUAUUGGGUGCGAAUUUGCCAAUCACAUGUUAAUUGCAGAGUACCUGGAUUUCAUAUAUAAACAGAUCGCUUUUUUUUGCCAACGAAGACAGGUAACUGGGCAAGCUGGAUAGCUCGGAUCCAUAUUAGGCUACGUUUAUACUAUACCAGAUAGCUUUCCGUAGCGAUGUGAAAAAAACUUUUUCCGUACCUUUUAGGAACGCUAUUUUCCCAAGAAUUAUUGCAACGGACAGAUAUUAUUUUACUCGUGGUUUCUGAAAGUUGUACAUUCCGUACCGGAUAAAUAUUAGGGAGUUUAAGAUCUUGACGAUGAACUACCGACUACGUUUGAAAUAGUUUUUGUUGUAUGUAUGCAAAUACUAAAUGCUUGUCAAAACGAAUGUAUUUCCAAAUAUGUUUUAUGUCCAUAGCUUUGUGUUCGGCAAGUUUCAUCUUUUAAUUUUCAUCAUUUCUUUAUAAAAAUACUUUCUCCAACCUGCAAAGUUGCGUAGUCAGUUUCGGUACUAUGUUUUUGAUGUACUAUUUAAAAAACGAGCAGGAGUGUUUUAUUAGGUUUAAAGUCACGAGCGCGCAGCGCGAGUGGCUUUAGACCUAAUAAAACACGACCCGCGAGUUUUUUAAAUGACUUCAAAAACGUAUGCAUAAUAAGUCAAAUCUUUAUAUAAAAAUCUUUAUAUAAAAACCUUUAUAUAAAAAUCUUUAUAUAAAAACCUUUAUAUAGUUUGCAUAACAAUGGUCUUUUGUUAAAGUGUUCUUUAGCUGGUAUAAAGACGUAUGCACGUGACUAAUUUCUUACUCAAGAUUGGAUAAUUGCUUCAUGAAUUAUUAAUGAGUUUUUGAAGUACUAUUUAAAAAACGAGCAGGAGUGUUUUAUUAGGUUUAAAGCCACGAGCGCGCAGCGCGAGUGGCUUUAGACCUAAUAAAACAAACACCGCGGAAAAACGUCUGCGCAUGCGUCAACCUUACCUGUAAUAGUAUUGCGAACUUGAUGAGAAGCUGUUAAGAACGUUUCCGAAGGCUCAAAAUGGCGGUAAAAAGGAGUGACUUCAUUGUACGUCUUUACAGCCAGAUUUCGAGCGCAAAAAUAAACAUGUCAUUCUAAAAACUAGGAAUAAAUACAGCCAGAAGGUUCAAGAAGUUGUAUUGUACAAGAACAUGAACUAAAGGUGAUUGUUGACAAAUUUAUCGUCUGAAACAUUUUGUUUAUCAACUAAGCAACGACAAUUUCCGAAUUUUCGUUUGAGAUACAUUUCUUUAAAAAAAACUGUGUCGCCAAAUAUAAAAAAUUUUCGUGUUCACAAUAAUUAAACUUUAGGAUUUAUUCUACAAUUUGAGUGGGUUAAGAAGCUUAACUUUUCGAGAGUUUUCUUAACUUUUGAGUUUGAAUUUUUGUUUUGAAUAAUUUUGCAAAAAUUUUCGAAGUCGUGUCCGUUAAAAUCAACAAUUUUUUACAUGAAUUAUAUUUCAUUCCAUACUUUAAAUGCCAGGACGCUUUCAAUUAAUGUCUAGUCUACCCAUUUGCUAUAUUUUCUCGUUUGUUUUACUAAUUUUUGACCAAUUAAUAAGCAUGUUUUUGUUUUAGAAAUUGAUAUUCAAAUUCCCCGCCAUAUUUUCAUAAUUUGGUGCAUGCGCAGACGUUUUUCCGCGGUGUUAAUAAAACACGACCCGCGAGUUUUUUAAAUGACUUCAAAAACGUAUGCAUAAUAAGUCAAAUCUUUAUAUAAAAAUCUUUAUAUAAAAACCUUUAUAUAAAAAUCUUUAUAUAAAAAUCUUUACAUAGUUUGCAUAACAAUGGUCUUUUGUUAAAGUGUUCUUUAGCUGGUAUAAAGACGUAUGCACGUGACUAAUUUCUUACUCAAGAUUGGAUAAUUGAUUCAAGAAUUAUUAAUGAGUUUUUGAAGUACUAUUUAAAAAACGAGCAGGAGUGUUUUAUUAGGUUUAAAGCCACGAGCGCGCAGCGCGAGUGGCUUUAGACCUAAUAAAACACAACCUGCGAGUUUUUUAAAUGGCUUCAAAAACGUUUGCAUAAUAAGUCGAAUCUUUAUAUAAAAAUCUUUAUAUAAAAAUCUUUAUAUAAAAAUCUUCAUAUAAAAAUCUUUAUAUAGUUUGCAUAACAAUGGUCUUUUGUUAAAGUGUUCUUUAGCUGGUAUAAAGACGUAUGCACGUGACUAAUUUCUUACUCAAGAUUGGAUAAUUGCUUCAUGAAUUACUAAUGAGUUUUUGAAGUACUAUUUAAAAAACGAGCGGGAGUGUUUUAUUAGGUUUAAAGCCACGAGCGCGCAGCGCGAGUGGCUUUAGACCUAAUAAAACACGACCCGCGAGUUUUUUGAAUGACUUCAAAAACGUAUGCAUAAUAAGUCAAAUCUUUAUAUAAAAAUCUUUAUAUAAAAAUCUUUAUAUAAAAACCUUUAUAUAGUUUGCAUAACAAUGGUCUUUUGUUAAAGUGUUCUUUAGCUGGUAUAAAGACGUAUGCACAUGACUAAUUUCUUACUCAAGAUUGGAUAAUUGCUUCAUGAAUUAUUAAUGAGUUUUUGAAGCUGUUUUACAACACAAGAAUGUGGUUUUUACUCUGUUGCCAAGGUCGCUACGGUGAAAAAAUGCCCUGGGGAUAUCUAAAUUCUGUCUGUUUUUCUUAAAGCAAUGUGAAAACAAGCUUUCAACCGUACUCCGUUGUCCGUUGUCUGGAUCUUUAACCAGCUACUUUUUCGUGCCGCUAUGGAAAGCUAUUUGUUACAAUGUAAACGUAACCCUAAUUAAACUUUCCUACUUGGCAGCCGAACUUGUUUGAAUUCUUAUAUUAUUAUAAUCGGCCAAUGCUUUAUUUCAGGAGAUCUCAAGAAUUCGAAGAACACUACAACAUCAGAAAUGCCUCAUGUGCCGCCUCCCAGCCUACCAAGUGUGGAUAGCGAACACUACUGCACUAACAGUGAGAUCAUGUACAACGUCACAUUGCGGGGAGGCAUUACGUCCGGGACAUUUCGUGACAGAGGUGUAUUACCCAACAUGCAAGAGUGCUUACGUAUUUGCUGCAUUGCCAAGUCAUGUGACCUGGCCUUCAUGCUGAGCAACCGCUGCUUCUCGGUAACAUGCAAGAAACAGACCCUUUGUGAAGUCGUGACCGCGCGGUCGUCUGGGUACAAGCCACAAAUUGCGUACAUCUACGCUCGGUCAAAUAUUGCGAAUCACGACCCGUCAAGUGAAAUUCGUUCUCAGGACCAGAGUUUAACAUCAUUGCCUGUGGACGAAAGAGAUCACCCCAACCAAAAGCCAAACAAAAUAAUUAAUAACCAUACACAGGAUAGCAGCCAUAAACACAAAAAGAAGAAAAAUCUUAACGUUAAGCAAAUUUCUCCAUCGAAGCACAAGAAAAAGCCUUAUAAGACUAAGAAGCCAAGAAGAAGGAAAAAGCACAAAGGAAAAAUACAUCAGAGCAAUCGAGCGAAACUAAAACGCUUGUAUGCCAAAGAGCGUAUACUUCUUCGAAAGUUAUCCUUAUUAAAACUAAGAAUGGAAAUGAUCAAAAGAAAAGAUCAUGACGGAGAUAAAAGUACUAAAGAUAACGUUCUUCUGGAAGCGUUUGAAGACGAGCCAAAAAUUCCAAAGACUACUUUGAACAAAGACAAGGAUUCUCGCCCCCAAAUUAGAAACAAAACCAAAAGAACAGAUGAAAACACAUCGAUUAUUUCCACAAAGCUUGUAAUGGAGUCCAAUACUACUAGAGGGGCAACAGAUAAGAGUAAGAAGCAGUCGAAUAGAAGCAAGCCUUUUAUAAGAAAAGAUGCAAACAUUUCCAUGAAUGGAAAUACAUUUACUACAAAAGAAAAGCAGUUGCUUUAUGAAAAAGAUGUUGAAAACUAUGUUAGUACAGAAAAUGAAAAGCUUUUUGAAAGUAAUACAUUUACAGAAGAAAGGAAUUUUUUACCAAAUGAAACUGGUAACACUUCUAAUAUUUUCCCAUCAUUCCCGAGAAAUGAAUCUAGUAAUAGGCCAAAACAUUCUACAAAACAACUGGUAAAAGAAACGGGAAAAGUUAAAACUUCUAAUUUGACAAAUUUUGGACUAUCAAAAUUUCAAAAUGUCCCCUUUAGAGAUAUGGUAAGUCAAACAGAAGAUAAUUCGCAAACUAACUCAAAUGAAAAAGGUGACAUUGAAGAAAGAGAAAAACAAACUAAAACUAAUAUUGAGAAAGGGAAAACAUCUUUUGAACGGAUGAAAGAGUUCUACAGUGGUAAAAAAGACAGGAAAGAUAAUACCGCUUCACUGGAAGAAAUGAUAAGUCAAACAACAGAAUCAAAAAACAGAGAAUUCGAAAAAGUAUUACCAAAGAAUAGAGAUAGGCGGAAAAACAGAACGUUUGGUACCAAAAAAUUUAAAGGUUACAAUACCAAUGGUAAUUCUAAUUCACAGAAAGAUAGUGCCAAAAUUUUUGAAAAUAUUGUGCCAAAUAUUUCAGUGUCUAGCGCACAAUCAGAAGACCAUAUUGAAACAAGAACCUCGGAAAAAAACGUUUCAGUCGCAAAUGAUCUUAUUCCGAAGAGCCUGGAUAGUUUUAUAUAUCCGCAAAAAACAAGAAAUGAUCUGAUGCUUUUGGGUGCUUUUCCUUUCAAAACAAUAGAAAAUGAUGGGUACAAACGGACAGCAAAACCGAUGGAGAAUCAUUUUAUUGUGGCAAACAACUCUUCAAAAACCCUUUCCAGCCGUAAGAAAGGAGACAAUUCAUAG